CGCGCACCUAAGGACGGCCAUGUUCGCCGCGAGAAAGCUUUGUGAACGCGCUGUGACAGUUUUUACUGUACUGCCGCGAACAAAUCUGAAUAAAUAAUCUUUGUAUCAUAUUCACCUCGUUGGAUUGCUUCUUGCGAGACAUUGUGAACUGACAAAUAACUACAUCAAAUAAUACUUUGCUGGAAAAGCUGGAGAAUGGCCGCCGAGGUGAACGGCAGCUCUGCACAAGUGAAGGAGGAGGUGAAGGAAGAGGAGGAGGUGAAGGAGGAGGAGGAGCCCAUGGACAUCGGUGUUACGCACACUGAGAACUACCAAACACUCAUCGAUGCUGGUCUUCCGCAGAAAGUAGCUGAGAGGCUGGACAACAUCUUUCAGACAGGGCUUGUGGCGUAUGCUGACCUGGAUGAGCGGGCCAUUGAUGCCCUGCGGGAGUUCAACGAGGAGGGAGCACUCUCCGUGCUGCAGCAGUUCAAGGAGAGCGACUUGUCUCAUGUGCAGAAUAAAAGUGCGUUCCUGUGUGGCGUCAUGAAGACCUACAGACAGAGAGAAAAGCAAGGGAACAAAGUGCAAGAAUCCACCAAGGGGCCCGAUGAGUCUAAGAUAAAGGCCCUCCUGGAGAGGACAGGGUACACCCUGGACGUCACCACAGGACAGAGGAAGUAUGGGGGACCCCCACCCGAGGGGGUGUUUUCAGGAACGCAGCCUGGGGUCGGAACAGAGGUUUUUGUAGGAAAGAUUCCAAGAGACCUAUACGAAGAUGAGCUGGUCCCCCUGUUUGAGAAGGCCGGUCCCAUCUGGGACCUGCGGCUGAUGAUGGAUCCACUGUCGGGUCAGAACCGAGGCUACGCCUUCAUCACCUUUUGCAACAAGGAGGCGGCGCAAGAGGCAGUCAAACUGUGUGAUAACUAUGAAAUCCGGUCAGGAAAAUACCUGGGUGUGUGCGUCUCCGUUGCAAACAACCGCUUGUUUGUGGGAUCAAUUCCGAAAAACAAGACCAGAGAAAGCAUUUUGGAAGAUUUCAGCAAAGUUACAGAGGGCCUCAUGGAGGUCAUCCUGUACCACCAGCCGGACGACAAGAAGAAGAACCGCGGCUUCUGCUUCCUGGAGUACGAGGACCACAAGUCUGCCGCACAGGCCCGCCGCCGGCUCAUGAGCGGCAAAGUGAAGGUGUGGGGGAACCCGGUCACGGUGGAGUGGGCUGACCCGGUAGAGGAACCCGACCCAGAGAUCAUGGCAAAGGUGAAGGUGCUGUUUGUGAGGAAGCUGGCCACGGCUGUCACAGAGGAGCUCUUGGAGAAGACUUUCUCUCAGUUCGGGAAGCUGGAGCGCGUGAAGAAGCUGAAAGAUUACGCCUUUGUUCACUUCCAGGACAGAGACGCGGCUGUUAAGGCAAUGGAAGAGAUGAACGGGAAGGAGCUAGAGGGAGAGCAGAUUGAGAUCGUUCUGGCCAAACCUCCAGACAAAAAGAGGAAAGACAGACAGGCGGCACGGCAGACAUCCAGAAACGUGGGGUACGAUGAUUAUUAUUACUAUCCUCCACCACGCAUGCCGCCCCCCAUGAGAGGCAGGGGCCGUGGGGCUAGGGGGGGCUAUGCUUACCCUCCAGACUACUACAGCCACGAGGAGUACUAUGACGAUUACUACGGCUAUGACUAUCACGACUACCGGGGCGGAUACGAAGACCCCUACUACGGCUACGACGACGUCUACCCCCCCAGAGGGAGGGGAGGCCGGGUGAGCAGGGGCGCGCCCCCUCCCCCUCGCGCCCGGGGUGCACCGCUCCCCCGCGGGAGAGGAGGCUACCCCCAGAGGGGGGUGCCUCUGGGCGCGCCAAGGGGCGGCCGAGGCGGCCGGGGAGGCCCGUCCCAGCAGCAGAGGGGCCGCGGCGCUCGGGGCUCCAGGGGAAACCGCGGGGGCAACGUGGGCGGGAAGAGGAAGGCCGACGUGUACAACCAGCCUGACUCCAAGCGGCGCCAGACCAACAACCAGCAGAACUGGGGGUCCCAGCCCAUCGCCCAGCAACCCCUGCAGCAAGGUGCCGACUAUUCCGGUGGCGAAUCGAGAGCGGGCGCGCUAGCAUGAAGAACACAUCUCAGCUGUGUUCUUCUCAAAGGGUGAGCUGGUUUGCCUCUUCACCGCUGAACGGAACACUCUCUCUCAGGGCUGCACCUGCACAUGUUUCAAUCGGUAAACGAGGAAGGUUUUAAGGCUCCAUUGUAUUACCAGUUACGUUAGGGCUGUACCACUUGUGAAUGUAAUGGUAAUAAAGCACAGUCUUGUUCUUUUGGAGGAUUUCCCAUGGUCCGGAGAAACAAGACCGCUGCCAGUCUCACAAUUACAGUAAUGGAUGCUAACAGGAAUUAAAUAAAUUGAGAAUAGCUAGAAAAAUAUUUAAAUUGCAGAACUUUGCCUAAUGGCAUUGAUAUAAAAGAAAUAACGGAGUAUAAAGCCUUCCCAAUUAGCCUUCUGAUUUGGACACAGGAUGCCCCAGGGCUUCAAUCUCCAAACCCCUAUUUACAGACCUCUUUCCAUAGUGUUCCUUCAGGUCAGGAUGUCCCUUUUGGCUUUAAGCAUGGAUGGUUUUGGGGGGGGGGGGGGGGGAUUGAGUUCAUUAUCUUUGGCAGCACAUGGUGUGGUGCUGCUGCAGUUGGUGCAUAUGAAGUUUUGCUGUAUUGCUUUUCAUCAAGAAAUUUUAAUUCCUAAAUGCCAAUAAUUGCUUUUGGCUUUAUUACACAUGUAAUUCCCCCUUUACCAUAAAUCACACAACCUGGAUGAAAGGGUGGGCGGGGAUGUGUUUCCAUUUGUGAACGUCUGAUUUUCCACUUACCAAUAUAUGAUGGUAGCAUUUUAGGUGAAAUUUUCUUAGUGGACAUGACUUGAGCUGUGAAAAUGUGAUUUAUAGUGAAGGGGAAAUUAAAAGGAAAAUAAAGAAUAAUCAUUUAUUUGUUUUAAUUAUAUUCAUUUGACAAAAUUGGAUGCGGUAACAAUUUAUUUUCUGUGGAUUUUUCAUAUCGGGGCUGUUUCCUGGCUCACAGAAUGUGUACACUAUACAAUUACAAGCAUGUUAUUUUCCUAGACAAAGUCUGCUUUGGAAACGAGUUGCUACAAAAAUUUAGUACAUGACUACAAUGAGAGAGAGAAAAAAUCUCCAGGUCAUUGCUGAGGGACAAGUUGUGAGUCAUUUCCUGCAUUCCUGAUUGGCUGAGCUGGUUAAUUUUUUGUACUGGGAAUGAAAAUGACUCACCCAGCUUCAAGUCUGGUUCUGCUGUCUUCAGCUGCUGAUGCAGUUGAUCCCAAAUGUCAACAUGUUACUACGUGGAAGGACUACCGAUUUUACCCCUCAUCACACUUGAUUGGCUUCCAGUUAACCAGAAACUGAGUAAAUGCUUAAUUAUGCGUAGAAAAUGCAGUGAGAGGCACACACACAAUUAGACCACGUGUAGAUGUGGUCUCAGUGAAUUGAAGUAUUGAAGACGAUGUGAGUAAGCGUGAUAAAAACUUGGUCUGCAGCAUUAUAGCCCCUUGCGCACAUCUUGCAAGACACAGCAGCUUCUAUUUCAGUUCAUUUAUUUGCUUUUGCAUUGCUUUCCUUGUUUGACUUCGCAUUCCUUACCCAAAAAGGCUAUACUAUUUUUAUUUGAAUUGAUGUGAACUGAGGAAAUGGUGUAUAAUUACCAGUUCUGUACUGAUCUUUGCUACUUUACCUUCAUGAAAUCAGUUUUGGUGGUGGUGGUUGCUGGCAGGAGGGAGGCGGAUUUCAAAGAAUUUGAACUUGAUUAUUUGGGGGGGGGGGGGGGCAAUACCUGUGAAAAUUUAACAAUAAUUGGAGUAUUAAUAUAUCAUUCACUCUGGGACUCCCCUGUGAACUUUAUGCUAUACUGCAAAAAAUUUGUCAUCUAUGAAAUGUAUUUCUGCACAUUUUUGCAACGUGAAACCUCACAAGAUCCCUGCUGUUAUAGCAGUAUACAUAAAAAAUACAUUUGCAGCAAUACACAUUAAACGUGAAGCAUGACACUGACCGAUAUCAGGGAGGAUGUUGCCAAGUGGCAUGAGCUAAAUUAGGUGUGCUGUUGUCCCAGAAAGAUGUUUAUCAUGAGGCAGAAUGUGAAGCCCUGAUAAAAAUACAAUGGAAAAAAAUUACUUAAAAGUUAUUAAGAAUGUGGUUGAUCUAUCACACUUUUCAAAGUUUAUAUAAUUUACAAAACGAUUUGAAGAUACUGUGUAUUUCUGUUUGCAGUGCGUGUUUAGGUGUAAUGUGCUGCUAGUGUCCGGCAGAAUAAUGAAAUGCAAGCAACUGUAGGAAAUGCCACUUUAUUCCGUCCCAGUGAAGAAUACAUAAUUUCUAAUUGCCUAUAGCAGUCUGUAUGUCUUAUUAUUUAGUGCUGAGAAGAACGAUGAAUGAGUUCUCCACCACACAUAGUUUGAUUAGUUUAGUAAGGCUCCAGUCACAGCUCACAGGCUAACCCUGCAGAAAUACUUCAACAAAUGUUCACAGCUUGGAGUCACAUUUUAAUUAUGUCAUUUUACAGUCAUUGCUUUUCAAACCCUUUCUUUUUUUCCUUAAUGGCCAAUCAAAAGUUAAGUUGAAAAAUAAUCUGAUUGAGUUCAGAUGUCUUCCAAGAAGCAGCGAUGUUUUUUUGUGUUUUAACUCCUUGCUUUUGUCACCUGACUGUCUAUCAGCAGGAGGGCCCUGACCCAGCCUUGUCAUGAUGUGGACAUGCUAGGCGGGGCUCCCGUUGGAGGAGAUCCUGUGGACUAUGGGUAAGGACGUCAUUUACAAUGUGUUUUUCCUCCCUGAUCUAGGUGUAACUGCAAGACUUCUGUUCAUAGAGAAACCGGGUAGUGUUCAUUCCCGCCCCCCCCCCCCCCCCCUUUCAAAAAAGGGGUUGAGUCAUAUCACCAAGGUCUCACAGGUUUCAGUCAUUUGCUGACUGAUCUGGAGUCUGUUGAGUGGGGCCAGAAAUUGGGUGCGUCCUGUCAGGGUAGGCUGAAAGUGUGCCUCUGGUUACUGCUGAAUUAUUUCCUCCCAUCAUCGGCUGCCAGUUGUUGUCUGCUAGAGACAGCCCUUCUCCGAUUGGUGCUCAUGCUCCAGUAGAACUGUGGCCUGUAGUGUGGAAAAUGGUCACUACAUCACAGGACUGCACGUUUUAGUCGCAGCACUCCUUGCUCAGGUGGCACAGUGGUGCAUUCAAGCACGAUUGGCGAUCCCAGAUUGGGGAUUAGGGGGGGGGGGGGGGGGGUAGGGACAACUAUUAAAGGUGCUUCAAUAUCUGAGGAACAGAAUAGAUUUGGAUUCCAGUGCUAUACGUUCUGUCAAGAGAGGUAAUUCCAAAAAUGGUACCAACCAGGACAGGAUCUUGUGUAUAUAUGAACAGGCAAGACAAAUGAUUCCAAAUCUGUAUGUGUUCUAGCAGACAAGAUCAGCCUAAUUUGAAUUUGUAUAUAUUCUGAGACAGGAGAGGGGAUUCUAACCGAUGUUCUCUGAACAAUCAAGGUGGUCAGUUUGUGCAUGUCCCUAAAAUGGUGUUAAGACAGACUGACAUAUCUGUUUCUUGAAGGAAAAGAAUAAAUGAUUUAACUAUUAAAUAAAUGAAGGUGUUUUGUUUCGUUUUGGUUUUCGUGAAUAUGCUGGUAUCUGUUAAACCUGGUCGUUAAUGGGAGAUUCCAGUGCUUUCUGUCACUAUGGAUAUUAUAUUUUCAACCACAUCCCUGUGACAGAACUUUCAACAUUAAGAAUAUGAAGCUGUGUCUCGUUUUUAUAGAUAACAUGAUGUGUAAUUAAGGGUAGGGGAUUCUGGUACUCUGUUUGAACUGACAGAACAAGUGAUCCCAACAUAAAGCAUAUUUCAGCAUACUGGACAUCAGGAUUAGCUCUAUGCAUGUUAUUUCAGACAGGGCAGCGAAUUGCAAUACUAAUACUAAGCGCAUACUGACAAGAUUGGGGUUUGUAGUGUUAAUUAUAUUCCAUUACAUAGAACCAUAUAUUCCAGAACUAUUCCAAUACAAUGGAUAUCCUAAUAGACGUUAUGGGGGAUGCCAUUUGUAUGAAUAUUCUGUACAACCUGGAUAGGUGAUUUAAAUACUAAGUAUACUUUCUCAAGACAGAACAGAUUGUAAUACUAUAUACUAUCUAGUGGAACAAAUUCCAUCUGCAUACAGUGAGUGAAUGAGAAAAUUCUAAAUACUAACCCUUUUGGUUUGUGACUGUGAUGGAUGGCCGUCAAGCGCAAGUCCUGGAGGGCUGUAGUUUCUGCAGGUUUUUGUGGUUUCCUUUCAGUCAACAGCAGAUGUGUGCUUUGGAAGCAAGGUGUGUGGCCUGUCAGUGAUUCAUCAAUGAGUGAGUGCUGAAAACAUAACAUAAACUAUCAAUCAAUCAAUCAAUCAAUCAAUCACUAGAAAACUAGUAAACACUGCAGCUCUGAGGAACCAGAGGCCGACAUCCUUGGUACAUACAGGAUUUGCAUGGGUCUUAAAGUAGAGGUUCAUUUCUGUCUGCAAGAAACCACACCAGACAUGACUUUAAGUACAGUGAAUGAAAUUUUUUUGCUGUGAAUCAAAAAAAUACAUUGUGUACAUUCGCAAAAUUCAGUCGAACGAUACCCAAUCAUUUUUUCGUGGACUUAUAUUUUUUCCCCAACUAUACAAUAUUUAGCCUGAAAAAAAUGAAUAGGACAUCUGGAGGUGAAUGUCUUGUGGUCAUCAUUUACAGUUCUGUUUCCAUGGUACUGAGAAGGGUUGUAUCCCAACCCAAAUACCCUGUUUAUUAAUGCACAGAUAAUGCAUUUUAUACUGAUAGAUUUUCUUUCCAAAGCUGUCCAAGGAUAUUUGGAAGAUGGAAAAUAGAGAAAAAUGUGAGCAUUACCCUAAUUGGUUUUUUAAAAUCUGUGGUAAAUUGUUGCGCACAAUAAAAUAUUAAUUUUAAUGCUUUUUGUCACAUAGAUGCAUACAGAUUAAUUUAGCCCUGUAUCACUACAGUAUUUAAACAGUUUACCUCGGCUGAAUGCUCCAAUGCAGUUUCUACAGUUAAUAAAAACUAACCGUAAGCCUUCAGCAUUAAGUGAAUUCUGUUACACUGUUACACUGACUGUCUAAGUUUUGUCCUAUGCUGCGUAAGUAGUACAAGAUGAAUUCACAUCAUUAUAAUUAGCAUGUGAUUUAUUCUGAAUUAUCAUUUAAAAGAACAAAAAAAUGCCAAAUAAUAGUCCAGCCCAGCCAGGCCCUAAUUUGAUUCCUUGUCCUAACAAAAUAGACCUGACCCGACCUGAAUGGGACAUGCCAUUCUCAUCUUGUGAAGUUUGGGUAGCUGUGCCUUUGUAAAGCCUCAGAACCCUUUGUGUGCACACUGUUGGAUGUGUGGUAGCGAGAUGUUUAGGGUGAUGGAAGAUUUUAAUAUUGGCACCAAUUUUGAGCAGAGCUUCAACCUACUGCUAGUUCAUAAUAUUUUACCUGUUAAUAAUGGAUAUUCUUUCGUUUUGACUGACGGUCCAAAUCCACAUCAAAGAGCUGUUGUUUUUUCCCUGAUAGCGACACAUUAUUUGUCUAUGGCUGUAACCGUGUGAGAAAACUGAACAAACAAUACUUUGCAAGGAAACAGAUUUUAAAUUUAUGCCUACCAUUGUAUGAAACCGUGCAGAAUAAAGCCUUUAAUAAGCAA